CUUGAAGGAAGUUAUGGCUCUGCGACAAGGUGGCCGCGCGACAAGGUGGGCCGUACCCAAAAUAAGUGUGGCAUUGUGUUUAAAUUUUCGACAUUUUAUCCAUUCUUUUAAAAUUUGUUUUAAAACUUUUGUGUUACUCAUUUUCAAGCUUUCUUCUUCCCGUUUUCUGAUUUUUUCUUCGAUUUGAUUUGGAAAUCUUCAGUCUGAAAUGAUAGUGAUAUCUAGAUAGGUUUUUUAUGCAUUUAAGCUUGGCGCUAGUAUAACCAAUACUAUUUAUCUUUCUUUUGGUUUUAAGUGGUUUGGAUUCUUUGUUUUAUUUAAACUAGCUUUCCCUAUUUCGCUUGUAAGUUCAGACCGUUUUUAAAAAUAACUUGUUGACUCCAUAUUAUUGUCUAUUUCCCUGAUAAGCACUUCUUGAAGACGUUUGUUUCCUUUCUAGUUUAAUUAUCUAAUCUUUUCAUCCCCACAUUUUUUCAAUUAUCAAUUUUAUAAUUUACUUCUUACUUUCAGUAUUACAUAUUAUCUUUUUACGCUUAAUUUUAUUUCAAGAAUAAUGACGGAGACAAUGUUGGAUUGCUCUGACAAGGUGACUGAGUCCAAGGUGGAACUUGUACAGCUUGCCAAACUCGCCGAACAGGCUGAGCGUUAUGAUGACAUGGCAGAGUCAAUGAAGAAGGUUACCGAAUUUGGAGACGAACUGUCCAAUGAGGAGCGCAAUCUUCUCUCGGUUGCCUAUAAGAAUGUUGUUGGGGCUCGUCGCUCCUCAUCGCGUGUUCUCUCAUCUAUUGAGCAAAAGGCCGAAGGGGAGAAGAAGACGAAGACUAAGGAAUAUCGUGAGAAGAUCGAAAGCGAAUUGCGUCACAUUAGUAAAGGGGUUUUGAAUCUUCUGGACAAAUUUCUUAUUCCGAAAGCUGGAACUCCUGAUUCUAAAGUGUUCUACCUUAAGAUGAAGGGCGACUACUAUCGUUAUUUGGCUGAGAUUUCUUCUGGUGAUGAGUUGACUGAUGUUGUCGACAAAUCACAACAGAGUUACCAAGAGGCUUUCGGUUUGCCAACUCAUCCGAUUUGGCUUGGUCUUACACUUAAAUUUUCGGCCUUCUGCUUUGAGAUUCUCCACAAUAAUGUCAAGGCUUGUCAGUUGGCUAACAAUAAUCUACUAUUGCCGAAAAGCUGCACUGAAAGCACAGAUCGGUCCACAUUUUGUUUAUUCCGUAUUUUGGUCGUUCCAUGA